UCCCAGAGAUUUGUAACCCUCCUUUAGCCAAGUGGAUGCUAACUGGCUAGUCUUUUGGCUAUCAUUAGCAUCAAUUCAUGUGUAAAUAUGGUCAUUACCUGAGCAAUCUGCAGGGGGGUUGGGGGUGUGUGUGUGAAUGGUUGCUGGUGGCUUGUUUGUAUGUGUGGGGGAGGGAGGGAGGGCUGCAAAAAGCAGAGAACUUGAUUGACCAUGUCUCACAUUGGCAUGUAGGGUCUUGCCUAGGUGUAAACAGGUAUGAAUUAGCACAUCUAAUUGCAUGCAUGUAGUGUAGUGAUGUAAUGUAGUGAUGAGGCUGAUGGAACCAUUCCUAGACAAGGGCAGAAAUGUUACCACGGACAAUUUCUUCACAUCGCUGUCACUUGCGCAUAAACUUCUUAGCCGGAAAACCACCAUCCUCGGCACAGUCAACAAGAUUCGCCGGGAAAUCCCUCAAUCCGCUAGACACACAGAUCGCAAUGAAUUCACCACUCAGGUGUUUUCAACCACUGCUGCUACGCUGACGGCAUAUGCGCCCAAACGGAAGAAGACCGUCUACAUUCUUAGCAGCAUGCACAGCGUGAUUCAGACUGAUAAUACCACCAAAAGGAAGCCAAACACUGUCACCCUUUACAACACCACAAAGUGCGGCGUGGAUGUGAUGGACCAGAUGUUGUGGGAGUACACUGUCCGCACAGGGACACGGCGCUGGCCAGUUGCCGUGUUCUAUAACAUGAUUGACAUGGCAGCACUGAAUGCACAUGUGCUGUAUCAAGCAUGCACCGGAAGGCAGGAAAGACGGGUGGACUUCCUGGUGGAGCUUGCAAGAGAGUUGUCUAACUCUCAUAUGUGUGCGAAGAAGGCAAGAAAAGAACAAUUGCUUCGGACACAACCCUCCACACCUAGCCCUGGAAAAAGAGCCAUGUGUCAGGUCAAACACCAAUGCAAGAACAAUCAUGCCACUGUGCGAUGUGUUCACUGCUACAGUUACACAUGUGGUAAAUGCAGACGGGAGAUACCAUGGCAGUGCCAGGAUUGUGAGUGAUUGCUGGAAUGUACUCACUCACUUUUUAAUAUUAUUUGUAAAUAUGUGUACAAAUGGUUGGUUUCUUUAUUUUAUUUUGUACUAUUUUUAUCAAUAAAUCUCAGCAACAAAGGAAAAAAAAAGAAAUGUGUGUUGAUUUCUCCCUAAGAUGGCAAAGUGAAACACAAGUUUCCUUGAAGUGGCUCAGCAUGGCCCCACAUUGUUUACAUAACAAAAGCAACUGUUCACAGCUGAUUAAGGAUAUUAGCCUAAAGCCUUCCAGCCCAUCGGCUGUCCUGCGGGUUUUAUAGGUAGAAAAGCCAAAUGGCUGCUCUCUGGGACUUCUAGUGUUAAUCUAUAUGAGUUGAUUAUAUCUGUAGAUGAACAAAAAUC